GUAGUUUUCGUUUUAUCGAAUUUCACCGAUUUUUCAGUAGGCCAAAUCCUGGAUGCUCUGAAGUUUUCCAACAGGUUGUUAACGUUAACUAAUCCUCAAUUCAACAGCUAAAUGAAUCUGUUUAAAAAACAAUUUGAGAAUGUAUUUAGGGAUCGCCACUUAAGUAAGAACGACGAGGAAUGCGGUGAAAUCAAGUCUAUCGAACUACUUUCUCAACCGCUUCCAAAUUUAGCGAAACAAAGUAAGUCGAGCCCCGAGCCGUACGCCAAGUCCCUGGACAACAUCGGCAAUAACCAGUCUACGACGAAACAAGCGCACGAGAGACAUUCAAUGGGAAAACCGGUCUUGUCGGUACUUUCUGAUCCUGUUAUCGGUCCUUGCUCCUCCGCUACUAAUCAACAUUCAACACAAGACGCGAUUAUGGAGGAAAAUGCCAGAAUGCGGAAAGCCAUCAACGAUGCAGUAUUGGCUCUUACCCGGAAAAUUCACGCUCCAUCAGAACAGACUGAAAAUGUCUUUUUAAUGUUCAACAUGCUGAAGGAAUCUGAGAGAAAACUAAUCAAACAACGUCGGGAUUUGGAGGCUAUGGCAAUCAAGAUGAGAACUCGAGAAUCCCAGUGGAGUGCGGAGCGACUGGCCUUUGAAGAGAAGGAACAAGUCAGUAAACAAAUGAUUUUAACCUUGCAAGAAGAGAAUUACAAGCUACGGAAAUCACGUACAUUUGUCUCGACACCUCGCAAUUAGAUUAAGUAAAGGAGUAUCAAGUCAUCUUUUAGAAUCUGACCUUUUAUGGUUCGUCGACUGGUUCGUUUGCAUUAAAGAAGCCCCAAAACAAAUUUCCAAAUGAAACUGUAUUUCUUUUUCGCCUUGUGAAACCAUUUUUAGCCAAAAGUACAUUUGUCUUUGAGUCUAUCUGUUCCAUAAAAGAAGUAGCCUUGUUUUAGAAAGCGAUUGUUCAUCCAAAUACAGAGAUACAUCCCUAUGAAAAA